GAGUUAAGGCGCACCCUCAACAAUCAACCAACCCUUUAUCUCGCUUUUGUUAACCUCUAAAAUACGUCAGCUUAUUAUGCAAUACCGAUGAACCGAUCAUCUCUUCAUAUUUCCUGGAGCUCUACAACUGUGCCAAGUGUAGAAGUAUCGGAUUAUAAGGGCUUCGUUGUGCCAGGAAUAUAGGUUCGUCGAAUUGGCCUCGCGAGUGUGCUGUCUGCGUGCAAAACGUGCCCGUGACUAUACAGUGUCAUCCCGUGAUUCAAGUUGGUUAUAGCCAUUAAUUGAGGCUUCUGCUUUUUUCCUUAACGUGAUAUAGAUAAUAACUCCGAAACAUGUGUUGCUAUUUUGACGCGUCCGAGUUAUAUGCUGCUCGUUAUGAACGAUGUAAUUUUGGUAUGCAGCUUUAUCGCAUAUUGUCACACGAUAUAUGAUAUACUAAAUAUAUACAUUUCAACUGGAUGAAAGUGAAAGGCUGCACAGCCAAGGUAGUUUAACAUGAUCUUGACCCUACAAUCAAUCAAGUUUAGUCAUAAAAUAUGUAUAUCCAGUUCCAAACUAAUAUCAGUGACUCAUUUUGCAAGUGUUGCACAACCAAAAUUAAAGCCCAAACCAGAAAAAUUCAAAGAACCUCCAUGUGUCACUGUCAGCGAAAGAAGCAAACUACGUUCCAUCGUCAUAGAUUCAAAAACUCUUGUUCCUCCUGACACAGAUUAUGGUUAUCUUGAAACUAAAGAUAUUAUCUAUAACAAAAAUAAAGCAGGAACUAUGCAUAAAUGGAAAUGGGGAGAGAUAGAAGUCAAUCCAACAAAACUCCAUAAGUAUUGUCUUAUGUUGUCAAAAAUAAGAUUAACUUCUUUAGUAGUCAUCACUGCUAUGGGUGGUUAUGCUAUUGCGCCAGGAGCAUUUGAACUCUACAGCUUUCUGGCAUGUUCAGCUGGAACUGGUUUAGUUUCAGCAGCUGCAAAUGCUAUUAAUCAAUCCAUGGAAGUUCCUUAUGAUGCUCAAAUGGCACGAACCAAAAAUAGAGUUCUAGUCCGUGGUUUGUUAGCUCCAGGGCAUGCUAUUACGUUUGCUGCAAUAUCCGGUAUGGCGGGAAUAGCGUUGCUGGCACAAGUCAAUACUUUAACAGCAAUAUUAGGAGGUGCCAAUUUCCUUUUAUAUACAUCAAUAUACACCCCCAUGAAACGCAUUAGUAUUCUAAAUACGUGGGUCGGUUCUAUCGUUGGGGCAGUACCUCCCUUGAUGGGAUGGGCAGGUUGCGUUGGUAGUAUAGCCGAUCCUGGUGCAUGGAUAAUGUCUGGAAUAUUAUUCGCGUGGCAAUUCCCUCAUUUCAAUGCUCUGUCGUGGAACCUGAGGCCAGAUUAUACAAAAGCUGGAUACAGAAUGAUGGCAGUCAGCAAUCCUGAUCUCUGCCGACGAACAUCAUUCCGUUACACAGUUGUACUCACGGCGCUUUCGUACUUGGCACCUGUUUUAGAUGUGACACAUUGGUGGUUCGCCCUUGCAUCUACUCCUUUGAAUGCGUACUUUCUGUAUCUAGCAUGGGAGUUCAACAAAGAAGGUGACGCUAAGACAUCGCGACGAUUGUUUCGAUUUUCAUUGAUACAUUUGCCAAUUUUAAUGACGUUAAUGCUUAUAAGUAAGAAAUACUGGUUUCUAAAAUCCGAUAAAAAGGAAAAUUCACAAUUGACUGAAGUUGAAGGAAAAACUAAUCUUGUUGAAACGAUAUCAAGAGUUCUACAACCGACGUCAGCUUGAAUAAAUGAUUCGAGGCUGAUGCAAAUUUGCGAAACUGACGUAGAUUCGCAAAUUGUACACAUUUGUAAAAUAUUAGUCGAGAAGACUUUGUAAAAUACGAUAUUGUAAUAUAAAGAAACGAAAAUGCGAAUUUGUUGCAGUGAUAACAAUAAAG